GUGUGUGUGUGUUUAACUGACAGAGACGCAUUUGUAAGAUAUGUGAGAUUCCUGUCCCAUAGUCGAUCCCAUUACUUACACCAGUAUUUAUUUAAGGUAAGACCGUCUCGGGUUGCCCAAAUGACAUCCUAUGCAUCGACACUACACCGUUAUCCAACGCGCACGAUUACGUGGCGUCGUUCGUCUCCGAUCGCGCCUGUGCGCCAUUCACCCAUCCCCGCGCGUUGCACACCAAUCACGUUUUCAGCACGCGGAUGGGACUUUAUCGCCUCACGAGCGGCGGCCAUAGCUGCUAUGACGCCAGGGAGGUCUAAUUUCCGGACUUUCUUGCUGGUGCAGGCUGCACGUGAGUCGGAAGCUGUUUUCCCCCCCAACCGGAGGCGCGCCUGCGCUCUGACCGCAAGAACCGACGGCUUUGCAAAGUGGCAGCUCGGGGAACCAGAGACGCCGAGGGAACUACCGACAUCAGUCUAAACGCGCAGCUGCACCGGAGGACACGCACUGUGCAUCGUCUCCCCUCUCAGCCGUCCGUGUGUGUGUGAACAACAACAACAACAACAAAAACAAGAACAAAAACAACAACAACAACCACCGUUCCCCGCAAAGAAGCUCGGCAAGCAGCAGAGACGCGAUGGAUGAAAGAAUCACGCAUUUACAGGACAGACAGUUUAUGGAUCACGCAGAUUUCUUGGGAGUGGAUUACUCCUCUCUCUACAUGUGCAAAUCCAAACGAGGCAUCAAGCGGGAGGAUGGUGGGAAGGACGCCUACAAGUUACCUCACCGGUUGAUAGAGAAGAAGAGGAGAGACAGAAUCAACGAAUGUAUCGGCCAGCUGAAAGAUUUGUUACCCGAGCAUCUGAAGCUGUCGACGCUCGGGCAUCUGGAGAAAGCGGUUGUCCUGGAGUUGACGUUAAAGCACUUGAACGCUCUGACGGCCGUCACCGAGCAGCAGCACCAGAAGAUCGUUGCUUUGCAGAAUGGGGACCGGAUAGCGAACUCGUCCAUACACGCAGAUCUGGACGCGUUCCACUCCGGCUUCCAGGCCUGUGCCAAAGAGGUCCUGCAGUAUCUGGGUCAGUUUGAGAACUGGACGACGCGAGAUCAGCGGUGCGCGCAGCUCAUCAGCCACCUUCACAAGGUGCUGGCGCAGUUCCAGGCCGGCGCACCGCCGCUCCAGCACCAGCUACCCGCCGCCGGGGACGCACAGGACGGCCACAAAGCCGACAGCCAAGCUAAUUGUGUCCCGGUAAUCCAGAGGACCCAAGGCGGGGAGCUCAACGAGAACGACACGGACACGGACAGCGGCUACGGGGGCGAAGCCGAAAAGGGCGACGGCAAAGAUAAAGAAUGUGAGCGCAAUAACGCGCAGGGAGCCAAGGUGGUGAAGAUCAAACAAGAGUUUGGAGAUGAUCGCGUUGCAAAAAACCCAAAGAUGAACUGGCCUGGGAACGGGUCAGGUGGCGGAGACCCCGCUAGGCCCGAUCUGGCGUUUAUGAACUCUCUGGUGGGAAUAAGCGGUGCGGGACAGCAAACACCUAUUUGCAUGCCUUUCUACUUCAUCAACCCUUCGGCCGCUGCUUCUUAUAUGCCAUUUUUUGACAAAAGCAACAUUGAAAAGUACAUGUACCCAGCGGCGGCCGCUCUGGCAUCUCCUUUCCCCUGGCCGUACCCCGCGCACGCGUCAGCCGCGGCUGCGGUUGCGGCUUUCCCCGGCUUGUCCGUGCAUGUUGGAGCCUGUCCUGGGUCCAAGGACCUCCACGGUGCAGAGAGCGACGAGUCACGCGAUGCUGAGUUCGGGUCACCAGGGGAGCAAGAGGAUAGUCCCGGGAUCGACUACGGGGAGGAUGACGUAGCAGACGCGUCCUAAGAGAGCGAGGACAGUCCUCGCGCUCAGCUUCGUGUCAAACGAGCUAAUUGCGUUGUCCUUUGUUACAGCUCAGUGCACUCUGCCGAAGAGCGUGAAUUUCCUUUUAUUUUCUUCUUCUUUUCUAAAGUUAGACUAGUGAUAAAGCGAGGUUUUCACAGAGGUUUCUCAUGUACAAAAAUAUCGGUGGAAACAGUUGUGACUGAGUGUGCCUUUUGCACUUCUGCUAGAUUAGUCAAACUCAAUGAUUAUCGACAAUGAUCGAAAUGAAUGUUCAUUUCAAUCAUUGUCGAUAAUCAUUCAGUUUGACUAAUGAUGUGUGUUGUGCUGGAGUACGUUUUUUAUCCUCUUUGAUAAUAUAUUUUGAAGUGGCAGCAUUGGUGCCCAAACUUUGAGUAUACGACACCAGGGCGCAACACCCCAAUCAGCGUGUCUCUUUGGAUGUAUGAAGUUGCAACUGACCUCUGCCAAGGUUAUCAAGUGCUUGGCUGACUCUGACUGUAAAUAGUGUCACCUGAAAGAAAGGCGGAAUCACUAACGUGUUUUAAUGGAGCUGGUAGAAGUGCCCCCCCCCCCCCCCCCCCCCCCCCCCCAUGAAGUGGACCGGCCACAGUACCUCAUCCCCAAUUUGGGAGUGUGGGAGAGAAAUAACUGGGAUGCCCGAUCAUUUACAACACAAACAAAUAACUACUUCACACAUAAUAAAGGUGAUGGAUGGGGAAGUUGGUUUACAGGUGUAAUGCCUGGUUUCCUUCAUUUUUACACACUUACAGAGUCAACUCUGGUUUCAUUUACUUGUUCUUGUGAGGAAAGAAAAAAAAAUGCUGAUCGCUGGAAUCAUUCAGGGUAAUUGAAAGAAGAAACCCUUCGUUUACAAAGGGGCUGCUUGACCUGAUAUUGUACAUCUCCUGAAUGAGGCAUUUCAACACGGUGACCUCCUGCACCUCCAAGAAACGUCGUAGGAUAGCACCUUAGUGAUCUUUGAUAUUGAAUGUACCUGUAUUUUCCCAGCUGUUAAAGUUUGUAGGAUGAUCUUUACUCUUUGAGAUGUAAAGUGCACUUUUUCUGCUCUUGCUCUCCCAAAAAGUCCCCUCAUACGAGUCAAUAGCAGUAGUUCCCUCAGAACAUUUUUAUUGUGUUGAGUUGUCUUGAAAUAGUAAAACAAAAUAUUUCAUUUAAAAAAAAGAGAUGUGUGGCCAUUAAGUCAUAUGAAUUUGACAAAAUACUGUUUAUUUCUGGCUCUUUCGAAGCAAAAACUGUUCAGAUCAUAAGAUUUGAAAACCUCUUGACAAACCGGACUAUCCUCGAUUUUGUGUUUUAUGCUAUUAUUACGUUAAACCUUGCUAAUCAAAUAUUUUACAAAGGUGGGAUAGAAGCUGUAGUCAUGUGACCAUCACAUAUUUUAAGAACCGUUGACUCUAUCUUGACCUGUUUUCUAUGAGAUUCAUUCCUGGAAGUAUAGUGAUAUUCAGCUUUAAGUUUCACAUGUGACCGAAUUAACAUGAUUUCCAUUGCAUUUUGCAAACAUUGGCUUUUGUAGUUUACUACACUCUGUUAUCAACUGUUAUAUAAUGUGGCAUGUGUGUCUAUAAAUAUCUUUUGUGAAUAUACCAUAAAAUAUACGUCUGUCAAUGUUGUAGAAGUCUAUGGAUUUUUUUUUAAACAUUGAAUUGAGCAACUGUUGCACAUUUCGUUAAUGCUUUACACAUAUGCUGUUAUAAAUUAUUGCUGAUGAGUUGUAAAAUAAAUAUCGAAACUAAA